AUGAGCGAUAAACCCAAUAUACCAAAAACACUUUCUGAACUCCCAUCCCUUAAUUUCUCUCUCCUCUACCUAGGUUCUCGGCCCCACGGUUCCCGGCAACGUAAGGUUCUCGCCCCCACGGCUCCCGACAACAUGUCGCAGCCCCCGUCGCAACCGCCAUCGGCGCCGACUAGUGGACCGCCCAGCGGUCCAGCUACGCCCUUAGCGGCAACACCAUCGGCUUCCUCGCCUGUCGCACCAGCGAAUGCACCGGCGGUGCCGCCGAACCUGCUCGCAACGCUGUCGUUGUUCUUCGCCCACCAGAACUACAACAGAGCCAUGUCCCUGCGGCCGGCUGUCCCGCCUGUGCGCCCGUCGACUCAGGACGCCAUAGCCCAGUUUCAAGCUCUGCCGCCAGACCGCCAGCGCCACGUCCAUUCGACAUUCAUUGCGAGCCAGCGCAUGGCACAGCAGAACGCGCACGGCAAACCACCCCAGCCGAUCCAUCCUUCGUUAGGUCGCCCUGGCAUAGCCCCGCAGGCAGUCCGCCCGAAGGACCCGUCCCGUCCCGUUAAACGCCUGCGCAUCGACGUGCCGGACCAACGACCGUCUGCUUCUACCAACCCUCUCACGGCCCUCAUCAGCUCUGCGACUGAACGUCCCCUCACCGCGGGCAACUCGCGUCCACGUGAGGAGCCGAGCAUGCGUGGGCAAAUGCGAGGCGAGAUCGCGCGUCUAAUGUACGCUUGUGGCGACGUUGCCGAGCCUGAUGUCGACUCGGUCGACGUCCUCGAGGACAUGACCGCCGAGUUCCUCGCCGACUUGUGUCGUCCUUUCGGGGCUACCCGCUCGAACCCAAGCGUGCCCCGCCAGCCCAUUCCACUCAAGGCCGAGGCCCUGCGCCAUCGCCUUUCGUCACACUCCUACCUCAAGAAGUACCUCGACCGGUGGGACGACAUGAUGUACAUGUCGCAGGAACUGCAACAGUCGAAGCGUGUGGCUCAGCCGUCCAACGAGGACCUUAUCAAGGCUGUUGGCAAGUCGUUCCUCGGUCUCGACGACGACCAGCAGCAGCAGGGCAAGAAGCGUGACGAUGGCGAGAAGAAGCGCGGUCGACCGCCCAAGCCUCCCGAGGAGCGCAAGAAGCCUGGGCCAAAGAAGGGAUGGAAGAAGAACUUGGACCCGAACGCGCCGCCCAAGAAGCGCGCGGCUCCGGCCAAGAAGAAGGCGCGCGCUGGCACGGGCUCCGCUGCCCCUAGCCCAUCCAAGAUCCAAUAG